AUGGAGAUCGAGGUCUUUGAACUCAUGAUGCAAGUCUACCAACCUCCUCCUUCAGACAUGCUCGGGAACUUCAAGCUGCCAAUCUUUGCAGCUGCCAUGGUCAUGGUGAUGGGUUACCAGUUUGUCAAGCAGAAGAGUCCCUUUGAGACAGGGGAGGACGUAAAAUCCUGCUCCCCAGAUGACUUGCAACAAUUGCUCGAGCACCUCAGUGAAGACAGUCGCAGCAAGCUUUUGGAUGCUUUAGGGUCUGACAAUUCAUCGAAGGAACGGGUUGCAGAAGGUGCGGUGAGCCCAGCCAGCAUUCUUACAUCAUUCUGGAGGAAAAAGCUAGGACAAGAAGGCUCCACAGGCAUUCCGAUAGUCAAGGCAGCUGAUUUGGGCGUGAUCUCUCGCAGCGCGAAAAAGUUUGAAGGCAAAGGCGGCCAUGACCCCUGGUUUGGACCCACGGCCUUUACGGUCUUCGGUGAACGAUGGACCCUGGACGACUUUUUGGGUGCAGGUGCCUUUGGACAAAGCUACUUGGCCACUCAUGAGCCCACAGGGCAUCGCUAUGUGAUGAAAUUCUUGUCCAGAGACAAUGAUCGUGAGUUGAAGUUUCUCAAGCAGGCACCAUUUCAAGUCUUUCAGCAUCCCAAUGUGAUCACCUACGUGGGCUUGGCCACUCACAUUGGUCGAGGAUGCGAAUCCUGGAAUCCAGCCAGGCACAUUGUGGUCAUGGAGGCCAUCCCCAAUGGAGAGCUCUUUGAUCUCAUCACUGCAGAGGGGGCGGUCUUAACUGAUGGGACCAUGCGUAGGUUGGUGCAUGGCAUCAUAAAUGGAAUGGCGGAGCUUUGCAAGUAUGGGGUCACCCACAGGGACCUCAAGCCCGACAACCUCUUGAUCGACGAAAAUGGGCAGGUGGUCAUCAUCGACCUGGGUUGUGCCAACUUGGUGCAGUGGCUUCAUGAAGAUGAUGAAGGUGAAGAGGUUGGCAGUCCUGUGCGCAUCGCCGAAUUGAAAUCACAGGGUUCGAAAUUCAUGCGCGAGCAGACGGCUGCUGUUGGGACUGAUCUUUACCAUGCUCCUGAGUAUGGGAAAAAGAUGUAUGACAGUGAGAAGGCGGACGUUUUCACUGUGGGCAUCCUUGUCUUUCUUCUUCGGCAGCCCAUUCCACCCUUUCAUUCCUACUUUGGCGGUUUGAAGGUCAUCACGGAUGAGGGUGCUCCGGCCAAAUGGUGGAGCCACAAGGAAUUUCAGGCAUUUGCGGGAGACGAAGGUCUCAAGGACCUGAUCAACUGUUUGUGGGCCUUGACCCCGGAGAAGCGUCCGACCUUCCAGCAGCUUCAAGCUGCUAUGGCAGGUGACGAGGACAUCCUCGAGUUGUACCCCAAACUCCGUUGGCUCAAAGGCCCUUUGUCUGGGCCUUUGGAGUAUGUCCGUGAGAUUCGAGCACGAAGACCAAACCUCUCGUUGAAGUGCACCGGGGUGGUGGAGGCUUUGGCCCUCUACAAUCGAGGCUUUGAGUCGGCCGACGCCGCUUUCCAUGCGGCCAAUCAGAGUGGUUCUGGCAAACUUUCAGCCACAGAGCUCACUGCGAGCUUGAGCAAUCGGAACGGAGUCAUCACUGCCGAGAGUGUGGCAGAUUUGAUGAAUCGUUACAUGAGCAAGGAUUGUCAAGAAAUGACCCUUGAACAGUAUCGAGUCAUGGCAAAGGCCUGGGAGUUCGGUGGCCGGCCCAUUGUGCAUGACGUUGGGAAGAUGAACUCGAGACACUUUGCUUGGAGUCGACGCCAGAAUGGAUCCACCUUGGAACAGGAGAUUGCUGAGUUCACCUCGCAGGUGUCGAAGGCUUUCACAUCAGCAGGGUAUGCAGUGGAAAGCGUCUCCAAUGCAGUUGAUGCCAAGAACUAUGAGAACUCCUCGGCCUUCACAGUGAACAUGGGAAGCCAACUUUGCAGAUUGCGUGUCAGUACUUUCACCUUGGAGGAGAAGCUCAUUGUGCAAAGCAGGAGGUUAUGGGGAUCGUCCGUAGAAGAGCUCUUGAUGCUGCAGCAAAUGAACAACGACCUUGUGGAGAUCUGGGGCUCUCGCGUCUCGCCUCCCUCUUCCUUGGCUUGA